AGGACGAAUCAAAUAUGAAUUCGUAUGAGAAUACGACGCGAAGGACCGUGUGAUUCCAGGGCAUGCAUGGUCAGUUGGGAAUGUCAAUCCUUUGCGCAUGACAGUUCUCUGUAGUAAAAAAGUGCGUGUAUAAUCUGAGAAUGUCUCUAAAAUAGUGUUUCUCAUGCUCCGCGUGCUAUGGUUCUCGCGGAUACUGUACUAGUUCAUAAGAGUGUCUCUCACAGAGAUUCCACAGUGCCAAGUGGACGGCGCCAAUGAUGGCCACCCUCUUUGUUGCGGUGGUGCUACUGGCCGCCGUCCGGGCGGAUCAGGUAGUGCUUCUAGACACUACGAAAGAAGCCACACUGGAGUGGACACGAUACCCAUACGGGCCUCAGUCUCAGACGCCUGGUUGGGUAGAAGAGUCCUUCACCAACUUUGGCAAGGGUAUAAACUGGCGCAGUUACGUUGUGUGUGAUGUGGCCUAUCACAAUGUAAAUAACUGGCUUUGGUCGCCUUUCAUCGAUCGCGGAGCCGCUAAUAGACUCUAUAUCGAGAUCCAAUUUACUAUUCGAGACUGCAGUCUCUUUCCGGGUAACACGCUCAGUUGUAAAGAGACUUUCAGUCUUCUAUUCUAUGAAUUUGACGCUGCAACGCGUGAGCCACCACCAUGGCAACCGGAGAGCUACAAGCUGAUAGCUCGUAUUGCCGCCGGCGAAGGUCGGUUUAACCAGAAUGCCGAUGUGGACAUUAACACUGAAGUCAAAAGUAUUGCCGUGACAAAAAAGGGAGUGUACUUCGCGUUUCGAGAUCAGGGCGCUUGUAUCAGUAUCCUAGCCGUGAAAGUCUACUACAUCACAUGUCCAACUGUGACAAUCAACUUUGCCCAUUUCAAUGAAACUCCCACUGGCCGGGAGGUGACUAUCAUUGAACAACAAAUGGGCUCAUGCGUAGCUAAUGCCGAAACUACGGAGCCACCCACAUACCUCUGCAAGGGCGAUGGAAAAUGGACCAUUCUGACCGGCGGAUGUCGUUGUCGUGUGGGAUACGAGCCUGACUACGAGCGUCAGGUUUGCAAUGUCUGUUCAGCUGGUACUUUUCGGUCUGCUGAAGUAACGAAAUGUACUGUAUGUCCACCAAAUUCACGCACACCUGUGUUGGGCAGCGCCUUUUGUCCAUGUUUGUCAGGUUUCUAUCGUCAUCAACGUGAUGCAAAGCAUAUGCCGUGCUACCGACCACCAGGCCCUCCAACUAACCUCACUCUACUAUUCCUAGACCAGACAAGUGCAAUUUUUGCUUGGAAUGCACCCCAGAGGCCUCCAGAUGCAGCAAACAUUGCAUACAAAAGUGAAGUAAUUUUCAAAGUGAAAUGUCCCAUAUGCAAUUCGAAUGUUGUAUUCACGCCCUCUACCGAGACCUUCAAUGAUACGAAGCUAACACUGAACAAUCUUGAACCAGUAACCACUUAUACAAUCCAAAUUCAUAGCCUGAAUGGUCAAGCCUUGUCGUUGUUGCCAGAGGAUGAUGUGAAUGUUACAAUAAGUGAGGAGAAACGCAAUGUGGCCAUUUCUGCGUUACUGGCUGACGAGAGCCAGCUGGUAACGGAUUUUGCAGAGAUCACUUUUACCACUGAAUCAGCAACACUCAGCGCCAUUUUCAAUGUACGGGUCACCUCAAUUAGCAGUAAAGAUGUUGAACUAACAUGGGACCGGCCAAUGUCGAGUGAAGCAAAUGGUAUGCAAAUUCCCAUUGAAUUUUACGAGGUUCGAUGGUUUCCAAAAUCCGAGGUAGAUUCCGUGAAUAAGACAACACUCAAUACUAAGGAGCCACGUGCUUAUCUUGACAAUCUAUCUGAGAAUACCGAGUAUGGAUUUCAGGUUCGAUGCAAGACUGUCAAUGGUUGGGGCACAUUCUCAAAUAUUGUUUACGCCCAAACCCAUCAAAGUGUCUCUCCUGUUUACGAUGAUUCUGUGCAGGUGAGAAUCAUCGCUGGUGUUGGAGUGGCGGUUGUUUUCAUCCUCGUUCUCUUAAUUGUGGCAACAGUACUCUUCCUGCGAUCCAAGAACCACGAUGAUCUGGACAAAAAGACAAAUAAUCACCUGCCAUUACAGUUAGACUACGCUAGUAAUGAAGGACUUGUAGUGACAUAUAUUAACGCCAUGGACACCACACCUAUUGUGAAGACUGUUCAAAGCAAUGUGACAACGCCUUUGUUCGGUGCGAAUCGUAGCUACGUGGAUCCCCACACAUAUGAGGACCCCAAUCAAGCGAUUCGCGAGUUCGCACGUGAAAUUGAUGCGGGUAAUAUAACAAUCGAGGCGAUCAUUGGUGGUGGUGAAUUUGGUGACGUAUGUAGAGGAAGACUUAAAGUACCACCAAAUUUUGUGCAAGACAUCGAUGUGGCUAUUAAAACACUGAAGCCAGGAAGCACUGAAAAGGCGCGCUGCGACUUUCUCACUGAAGCCUCGAUUAUGGGUCAGUUCGAUCACCCCAAUGUAAUUUAUCUGCAAGGCGUAGUGACUAGAUCCAAUCCUGUCAUGAUUAUCACUGAGUAUAUGGAGAAUGGAAGCCUUGACACAUUCCUCAGGGCGAAUGAUGGUAAAUUCCAGACAUUGCAGCUGAUUGGGAUGCUCCGCGGAAUUGCGUCGGGCAUGGCAUAUCUAGCUGAUAUGAACUACGUUCAUCGCGAUUUGGCAGCACGUAAUGUCCUAGUCAAUGCCCAGCUCAUCUGCAAGAUCGCUGAUUUUGGACUGUCGCGCGAGAUUGAGAACGCUAGUGAUGCCUACACAACACGGGGUGGAAAAAUUCCGGUACGCUGGACCGCUCCGGAAGCUAUCGCAUUCCGUAAAUUUACAUCCACGAGUGAUGUGUGGUCAUAUGGAGUGGUACUAUGGGAGGUCAUGAGUUACGGUGAGCGGCCUUAUUGGAACUGGAGUAAUCAGGACGUCAUAAAAUCGAUAGAAAAAGGCUACAGACUGCCAGCACCCAUGGACUGUCCAGAAGCGCUUUAUCAGUUGAUGUUGGAUUGUUGGCAAAAGCAACGUACGCACAGACCUACAUUUUCUAGCAUUGUGGCCACUUUGGACAGCUUGGCCAGACAACCUCUGGCUUUACUAGCUUCCAGACACUCUCCAGAAAGACCCGACGUGGACGUUCGUAGUAUUCCUGGAAUGCCAGAAAAUUUUAUUACCACCGAUCUGUGGCUGGAGAGUAUCAAGAUGUCACGUUAUUCACAGCACUUCAGAGAGGCCAACCUCGUAACAGCACAACAGAUCUCACGAUUGACAGCACAGCAAUUGUCUGAUAUGGGAAUAACAUUGGUAGGACAUCAAAAAAAGAUUCUACAUCAAGCAAGACAAUUGGAUACAAUAAUCUAGUAUUAAUCUUGAGAUACACUCGCAACGCAAAAAUGAGAAAGAGACUCAGUUAAGUACAAAAGUGAGUGAGAAGCAAUUGAGAUAAGCGCGAUUUGAUUUAUGUUUGAGAUUAUCUGAGCAAGUGAACGAGGAAUAUCUUCCAAUGUAUAUUUAUUUGUAGGAAUUUGACCUGGAGAAAUUUCUAUGAGUGCAUCUCUGUUGAAAUCUCAAUGUGAUUUUUUUAAUACACUGUCCCAGUUCCAUUUGACAACAUUAUUAGUUUCCUUUUUAGUAUAAAGUAAGUCAUAAUAUUAGCCAAUAGGUACGUACAGUGAUGAAAUAAUUGCAUAAACACCAUAUUUUAUUUUCUAAAAUAUUGUUUCAAUGCAAUGCGAAAACCUUCCAUUGGCUGAACUGAAAGAAUUUUAUACUCAUUUUCUUAAAUAGUUUGUACAUAUCAUAAAUGCAUUCCUGUCCUUUUUUGAGCGCUAUCCAUUAAAAACAUAUAUGAUUUUGUAUAUUUUGCGCAAGGCCAACAAUGUAGAUCUUAAAAUAAUUCCGUAGCAAAACAUUUUACUUAAGCAAUUACGACUUAAUGUUAAGCUAUGCGUCAUACAUUUUUCUCUAAUAAACAGACUUAAUACAUGG